CGGCGGUGCUACGAUGACAUCGACGAGCUCGUCAUCCCAGCGCCCAUCCAGCAGGUGGUGACGGGGCAGUCCGGCCUCUUCACGCAGUACAACAUCCAGAAGAAGGCCAUGACGGUCCGGGAGUUCAGGAGAAUCGCCAACAGCGAUAAGUACUGCACACCCCGCUACACGGACUUUGAAGACCUUGAACGAAAAUACUGGAAGAACCUUACGUUCAAUGCCCCUAUCUACGGCGCUGAUGUGAAUGGCACACUUUAUGACAAGCAUGUAGAUGCCUGGAAUAUUGGCAGAUUGAACACAAUCCUGGAUAUCGUGGAGAACGAAAGUGGCAUAACCAUUGAAGGAGUGAAUACUCCUUACCUGUAUUUUGGCAUGUGGAAAACUUCCUUUGCGUGGCACACUGAGGACAUGGAUCUCUACAGUAUUAACUACUUGCAUUUUGGGGAACCCAAGUCAUGGUACUCCAUCCCUCCAGAGCAUGGGAAGCGACUGGAGAGACUUGCAAAAGGUUUCUUUCCAGGAAGUGCCCAAAGCUGUGAAGCAUUUCUCCGUCACAAGAUGACCCUCAUCUCUCCAUCAAUUCUGAAGAAAUACGGCAUCCCAUUUGAUAAGGUGACACAGGAGGCUGGAGAGUUCAUGAUAACCUUUCCUUAUAGCUAUCAUGCUGGCUUUAAUCAUGGCUUUAACUGUGCUGAAUCUACCAACUUCGCUACUCUUCGGUGGAUCGAGUAUGGGAAGCAGUCUGUACUGUGCUCGUGUCGGAAGGACAUGGUGAAGAUCUCCAUGGAUGUGUUUGUGAGGAAGUACCAGCCAGAUCGUUACAAGCUGUGGAAAGCCGGGAAGGACGUGACUGUCAUCGACCACGCUACAGAGGCAGCAGAGUUCCUCAAAGGGGAUCUCAUGCAAAAAGUCAAGAAUGGGAAACAGUGUGCUGAGGAAAUGGAAACGGGCGAUGCAUGUAAAGAGGAGGCAGAUGGGGAUGAGACAAAAAGCAUCCCCAAGCAUCGCAUAGGAACAAAAAGGCACAGGGUCUGCCUGGAAGUGCCUCAGGAGGUAAGCGAGAGUGAAGCUUUCCCCAAGGAGGAGCAGUAUGAAGCAGACAUGGCAGAGCCUCGUGAGAGACCUACAAGUGAACUUGUGCCGCAGGGUGAAAAAGGGCUCAAGCUUCCAGAUCGCGUGGACUCAGCUAAAUUUGAAGAACUGAAAACAGUGAAGCUUGAGGAGGAAGAAGAGGAAGAACAAGAAGCAGCUGCACUCGAUCUCUCCAUUUCACAUGCUUCAAAUUCCACUUCAGCAUUGCCAGCUUCGAAGCAGAGUUCAGCUUCCAGCGUCCAGCCCGGCUCCCCUGCGUAUUCUGCUUCUUCCGACUCUGAAUCGACCGAAGCGUUGGCAAAGCGAACUCCUCCUGGGCCAGCUGGGGUGCUCACAGUCCAUAGCUAUGCUAAAGGGGACGCCAGCGGGUCUGACAGCGAACAGACUUCAGGGAAGAAAGCCAGUGCCACUGCCAGCGUGAACGAGCAGGAACUGGCAGAGGCAGCGAAGGAGUACCUGAGAUCAAUGAAGGAGAGCAAGAAGUCCAAGGGUCGUCGGCAGCCGCUGAGCAAGCUCCCACGCCAUCACCCGCUCUUGGUUAAAGACUGCAUUAGUGACGAUGAGGCAUCGGAGCAGCUAACUGCUGAAGAGGAGGCUGAGGAGACAGAGGCGUGGGCCAAGCCACUUAGCCAGCUGUGGCAGAAUCGGCCACCGAAUUUUGAGGCUGAAAAAGAAUACAAUCGAACCAUGGCUCAGCAGUCUCCUUACUGUGCUGUUUGUAUGCUCUUCCAGACCUACCAGACGGAGUGUGGAGGCAACAGUCAGACCUCUGAAGUAACUCCAGCUGCUGUGGAUGGAAAGAUCCGAACCAAACCCCUGAUUCCUGAAAUGUGUUUUACUACAACUGGCUGCAGCACUGACCUCAGUCUUUCAACUCCCUACUUAGAGGAAGAUGGAACCAGCGUACUCAUCACCUGCAAGAACUGCCACGUCUGUGUUCAUGCCAGUUGUUACGGUGUAUCCCCUGACAAGGCCACUGAGGACUGGAUGUGCUCCAGGUGUACGGAAAAUGCCUUAGAAGAGGACUGCUGUUUGUGCUCAUUACGAGGAGGAGCACUGCAGAGAGCCAAUGAUGACAAGUGGGUUCAUGUGAUGUGUGCUGUAGCUGUACUGGAGGCAAAAUUUGUGAACAUUGCGGAGCGGAGUCCCGUAGAUGUUGGCAAAAUCCCCCUGCAGCGCUUCAGACUGAAAUGCAUCUUCUGCAAGAAACGAAGAAAGAGAAUUGCAGGUUGCUGUGUACAGUGCUCACACGGUCGGUGUCCCACAUCCUUCCACGUCAGCUGUGCCCAAGCAGCAGGGGUCAUGAUGCAGCCCGAUGACUGGCCAUUUGUUGUCUUCAUUACCUGCUUCCGGCAUAAGACUCCGUCUCAGGCAGAGCGAGCUAAGGCUGCACUCCAGGAUCUGUCACCUGGGCAGAUAGUCAUCAGCAAGCACAAGAACGGACGCUUCUAUCAAUGUGAAGUGGUCAGCCUUGCAAAGGAGACUUUCUACGAGGUCAACUUCGAUGAUGGUUCCUUCAGUGAUAACCUGUAUCCAGAGGAUAUUGUGAGUCGAGACUGUCUUCAGUUAGGUCCUCCUGCUGAAGGGGAAGUGGUGCAGGUGAGAUGGACAGACGGACAAGUUUACGGAGCCAAGUUUGUCGCAUCGCACGCCAUCCAGAUGUACCAGGUGGAAUUUGAAGAUGGGUCACAGCUGAUGGUGAAAAGGGAUGAUGUGUAUACUCUUGAAGAGGAGCUUCCUAAGAGAGUGAAGUCAAGGCUGUCAAUAGCGUCAGACAUGCGCUUCACGGAGAUCUUUGCAGAGAAGGAGGUCAGACAAGAGAGGAAGAGGCAAAGAGUGAUCAAUUCGCGCUACCGCGAAGACUACAUUGAACCUGCGUUGUACCGGGCCAUCAUGGAGUAAGCGCUGCCUGUGGCAGAGGAAGACGAUGCCCACCUCCCCCCAAGGAUUUAAACGCUCCAGUACAACAGGCCAUAUUUGGAUGCUUCGAAUCCAGGGUUUUUUUGUUUUGUGUUUUGGUUUUUUUUUUCUAAGGAAGCUAAAAAGCUGAUGCUCUGCAGUAGCUGAGAGGCAGCUGUUGGAUAGUGAAACAGAUCCCAUUUGCUGAAGCUGAUGCCUGCAGACUCGUGGUCUGAAGUUGGGUCCUUCCUGAAUAAGCCAGCGUGGGGUUGUUGCUUUCAUCUCGUCGAGCAGUCUUGCUUUGUUAGAGACAAUUUUGGCAGGUGGCAAACUCUUCUGGGAGUUGUAGCCGGGAAUCUUGGCAGCUGCAGAAUAGUACGGUCUAUUAUUUUAAUUGAAUAUUGUUCCUGAUUUUGGGAGUCUCCCUGGUGGCCACACCUGGGCUUUUGAGCAGGCAGUGUUACUGGUGCUUGAAAUUGAACCUCUUUUUAUAUUUAUAUCCUUUUUUUGUUGUUGUUGCAAGCAGCUUCAGUCUCUUGUUUCUCAGCACCUCCUUUCUGAGAGUUGAGCUGUAGGCUGUUCAGAUCCAAGCAGACAGGAGAUGCUUGCGUGAGCAGGUGAAAUGUGAAAUUGAAUCCUAUAGGACAAAUUAUUUAACCCUCCAUUUAAUAUUUUUG